AUGUCUAACGCAACAUACCCAGAGCGCCCCCCUGCUGUCCCAGAGGGGCUAGAAACUGUGACAUCAGAAAACUCCACUCCCAAUCUCUCCCAGAAUAUUCCUGUUCAAAUGAUUUGCCCAAAUUGCAAGUCUGCUUACCUAUGUUUCCAAGGCCAGGUAUUUUACGAUGCUGGUUCAAAAUCCCAGCACGGCGACGAGGCCCCCGUUCACUUCCAGGGCAUCAACACGCGUUCAUACACACUUGAUGGCGCUGUGUGA